AUGUUACAGAUCUCCCCAUCUCUUUAUCUCUCAGUUCCGGUAUCAGAUCCGGUCCUGGAUGUGAGGUGUCUCCAGAAUAACAGCACUGAGAUCUCCUGUGAGGUGAAAAAUGGUACUGACCCCUCCGUCUUCCUGACUGUGAGUGGACAAUUGAUGGUUUAUAAUGUCACCAGCUCAGAGCGGACAGUCCGUGUCACUGUGCCUACUGUGUCACCGCCCGAUUCCUGGAAUAUCAGAUGUUCUGCAAAAAAUAGCAUCAGUGAGAGAUCCACCAAUCAGACACAUGAUGCUUGUCCAGAAGACAGUCGGUCUGGAAUGUGGUCAGGUUGGGGUCACCUCUUGUCCCAUGGUGUGAUGUGUGUCCUCAACACUGCGCUCCUCAUCUAUAUAGUAACUGGCCUGAGGAAGAUGAAGAAUGAGAAGAAUCAGAGUAAGAGGAAGACAAGGAGAAGGGAUCAGACCGAGAUGGAAAUGGAACCAACUUACUACAAUUAAAGUGAAACAUUUCCCCAGAUUGUCAGCCUGGAAAUUGUAUGAGAACAAUAACAUGGAGUAGGUAAAGAAACUCAAACUCUGGUGACACUUACAGGGCCACCAACUUCUCGAAUUUCAGCUGAUUCAGCAAGAAUCUGUUUAAAUUUGAGUCAUCUAGGGCCAGCUUAAUACUCUGGCCCAAAGUUGACCAGCGACUUGAAGGAUUGGUGACCAUUGGUGGCUGUAUUGGAAUGUUUUUUAUUUUAUUUGUGGUUAGUAGCCAUGUUAUUCAAUGGUUGUGUCUGCUUUUUACUUUUUGUAUGCAAUACAUUGUUUUUUAAAUACAGCUUUUGUUUCUUUUUAUCUGACAACCACCUUAGAAGCUACAGUCUAGCUAAGACUAGUGAUAGAGUGUAAAAGAGCCACUCUACUCUUCUGCUACUUCAAGUUCCACCAUUUCCACCCUUCUCUAUACAAGAUUACCUAUCAUCAUGUGUAAAUAGAAAAUUCCGCGCCUUACUCAAAAAGUAAUUAUUAGUGAACAAUAUUAUAAGCUGCUCCUCAAAAACAAUAAGAAAUUGUACAUAAAUGAAAGUGAAAAAUAGAGGGCGCU